AUGGCUCAAGCAUUCGUGAACAGCAACAUCCAAUCUGGGAAGGUGGUUGUGUUCAUCAAGCCCACCUGCCCCUACGGCAGAAGGACUCAGGAGCUCCUCAGCCAACUGCCCUUCAAACAAGGGCGUUUGGAAUUUGUCAACAUCACAGCCAACGGCGACACCAAUGAGAUUCAAGAUUACUUGCAACAGCUCACAGGAGCCAGAAUGGUACCUCCGGUCUUCAUCGGUAAAGAGUGCAUAGGUGGAUGCACUGAUCUAGUAACUAUGCAUGAGAGAGGGGAACUGUUGACACGGCUAAAGCAAAUUGGAGCUCUGCAAUAA